AAGUCCAGCAAGGUUUCCAUAUUUACUCCUUCGAUAGAGAGCAGGGUGUCGGGAUCGCCCGCAGUGGUCGCAGACUAACAAUCCUGGCGGUAUCCAUAUCCACACACCUCUCUGGAGGGAGAGGAGGGAGAGAAAUGGCGUCGUCUGCAGGCGGGAUGUACAUGUCUUUCUCUCUCUCCCCCUCGGCUCCUCACUCUCCUCAUCUUCCUGCUCUUCGCUCUCCAUCUUCUGCAUCUGCUGCUGCUCUACUCGAGCAAGAAAAGUAUCUCUCCGAGUUGUUGGAAGAGCGGCAUAAACUAAAUCCGUUUAUGUCUGUGCUCCCUAAUAGUUGUCGAUUGCUGAACCAAGAAAUAUUGCGUGUAACCACACUAUUGGGGAAGGCAUCAGUUUUAGGUCAAAGUGGGCUUGAAUAUUCCAGCCCCCUGGCUUCUGGAGGAAUAUUUUCAAAUGGAGGUGCUGACAUGAAUGGAUGGCCAUCACGGUUUCAAUCAGAAAUGUCAGGUUUAUUGCAACCCUCAUCAGCACAAAAUUGGCUAAGUUCCCAAGGUAGUUCGUCAAGUCUUAUUGUGAAGAGAACCAUCAGAGUAGACGUUCCUGUUGACAACUACCCUAAUUAUAACUUUGUCGGCCGCCUCCUUGGACCUAGGGGAAACUCUCUUAAGCGAGUGGAGGCAAGUACCGAUUGUCGAGUUUUGAUUAGAGGACGAGGUAGCAUUAAGGAUCCAGUUAAGGAAGAAAUGCUGAGAGGAAAACCAGGUUACGAGCAUUUGAAUGAGCCUCUCCACAUUCUAGUUGAGGCAGAAUUGCCAGUUGAAAUUAUUGAUGCUCGCCUUAUGCAGGCCCACGAGAUUCUCGAGGACUUGCUCAAACCAAUAGAUGAAUCUCACGACUUCUACAAGAAGCAACAGCUACGAGAGCUAGCUUUGCUCAAUGGCACACUUCGUGAGGAGGGUUCUCCUAUGUCUAGUUCUGUGUCUCCCUUCCACAAUAGCCUCGGAAUGAAGAGAGCGAAAACUAGGGGGUAAAUGGAAAUGCUUUUGGAAAUCGUUUUCUAGUGUCCGGGGAGUAAUCAGCAGUCCCAUUCCAAGGUGUUGCCUGCAGCCAAUGCCUCCAACUGCAAUCGGGGCACUCGCACUCUUACGUGCAGGUUCUUGCUAAAAUUUAUAUGGUGUGUUUAUGUAAUAUUUGGAAGAGAAGGUAAUGUAAUGACAUGGAAAUGUCAGGCAGUUUAAGGAUUACUAGUGAUUGGGGAGGGGCUUGCUUCUACAUAUAUUGCUUUAGCUGUUAAUGUGUGCUAUUUACUAGGCUUUUUCGUUAUAAGGUUAUGAUGGGAGUUCUGAUAUUAUGUAGGAUGGUGGGUUCUUUUGGGACUUGCAAAAGAAGGGUUAAGAAUUGUAAGGGAAUGUUGAUUUAUUAAGUUGUUUUUUUUUUUUUUUGUUUCUUUUGGGAGUGUUUUUGUACUAGGAAGAGUAGAAAUCUUCCCCUUCCCCCCGGGGGGAAAAACAUUCUUUAUUAUUUCUUUCUUAUAUGAUCUAGAGAUUCAAAAGCUUUGGUCUA